AUGGCGGGUGGCCGACUUGGGGAAGUGACAAUGUCAUAUUCGCAAAAGUUCCCCAAGGACGUAUUCUGGGGUGUAUACCGGGUUGAAAUUAGCACUGGUAUUGUAAAACGUGUAACCCCGCCAAAUAUCGACGGGUUCACUCCUGUAGCCAUAGAUCCGAACAGAGUGGCUGUUGUAACUGUUCGUGAAGAAUCACAGGGGUUAGGCGCAGCACGUGUCGUGGACCAGUUUAGACAGAUUGAGAUUUUUGAUUCAAGAAACGGAAGUAGCACAAAAAUCACUCAAAAUACUAAAUCAUCAAAAGCGGAUCACUUUAACCCAUUUUUGAUUGAUGGUGGGAAGCUCAUUGGUUACCAUCGGGGAAGGAGCGACAAACUCUCGUUUGAUCAAGCAGUGGAAAGACAAUUUCAGACGCUUGACUCCUCAUUACCAGAUGUAGGUCUAUUCAGAGUGUCAGGAGUGUUUCCAACAAUUUCAAAAUAUGGAAAAAGGCUUGCAUUUGUUGACAAUGAGUUCAAAGCUGUUUGGGUUGCUGAUAGUAAUGGAUUGCAUAUUGCAUACGAGGAGGACGGACCGGACAGACUCUUCUCCCCAGUUUGGAACCAAUGUGAGGACACAUUGUAUGUAUGUGUUGGACCUUCUUUUAAUAUGAGAAGGAACGUGAACAUCAACGCUAUCACGCACGUAUCGAAGUAUAGACGUAAGUGUCAUGCGCUUACAGAUCAGCAUAAUAAUGCCUUUCCAUCCAGCAGUCCAGAUGGGAAGAAAUUAGUUUACCGAUCAACUGGGAAAGACGGAUUCAAAAAUCUAUACAUAAUGGAAGAUUCAAAACGAGGGGUGGUCAAUGGAAGGGAACCAAGAAGGCUAACAAAAGGGGAAUGGACUGAUACACAUUGCCAGUGGUCGCCAAAGGGAGAUUGGAUAGUAUUUUCAUCAACCCGUGACAAGCCUGCAGGUGCACCAGAAUCAGACCAGGGUCUUGACCCAGGAUACUUCGCGGAGUUUCUGGUGAAGUGGGACAAUCCAGAUGUUUUGGUAAGAGUGAUGACUAGUGGAAGCAAUAUCUCAGGGCAUGUGAACCAUCCGUGCUUCAGUCCGGAUGGCCGUAGCAUUGUUGUGACUUCCGAUAUUGCUGGUGUAUCUGUUGAUCCCAUAUCGUUGCCUCUAUUCGAGCACUCUGUGAGGUCUUAUGGAGAUAUUUUUUCUAUUGAUCUUCCCGAUGAUCACCUAGUAACAUACCAGGAUGGAGAAUACCAGGGUGGACAUCAUGUUAGGGAUGUGGAAUAA